AUGGAGUCACAGCCACUGGACAACGUCACCUGUGAUCCCGAGCUGGCUCGGGACAAGGUAAUUGAAAAUGAGGAAGACUUCAUCAAGGCUGACUGGAAUGGUCCUAGCGACCCAGCAAACCCUCGGAAUUGGUCAUCAGGCAAGAAACUCGUCCAAGUCAUGCUAGUCAGUGGGUUCACACUCUACUCGAAUCUUGCCGCUGUAAUGUUUGCCCCAGGUGCUCAAGAUCUCGUGGAGGAGUUUGGUAUCGCAAGCAAAACUGUGGCCUAUAUGACAGUCACGAUUUAUCUCCUGGGGUUUUGUAUAGGACCACUUGUUCUAUCUUCACUAUCAGAAACAUACGGUCGAUUGAUUGUCUAUCAUAUUUGCAAUCUGUUCUAUAUCGGGUUUACGGUAGGAUGUGCUUUGAGCACUGAUACGGGAAUGUUCUUGGCCUUUCGUUUGCUGGCUGGUAUUGCUGCAUCUUCCCCAAUGUCCAUCGGGGGUGGCACAAUUGCCGAUCUCCAUGUUGAAGCUGAGAGGGGAAAAGCGAUGGCAAUAUUUGGUAUGGGUCCUCUUCUUGGUCCGGUCAUUGGUCCUGUUAUUGGCGGAUUUGUUUCACAGUAUAUCGGCUGGCGCUGGACAUUUUGGUUAAACCUCAUUUUUUCAUGUACCAUAUCUCUGGUUGCUGUGGCGUUCCUGAGGGAGACCUACCAGCCAAUACUUCUCGAUCGCAAAGCCGCUCGUCUACGUAAAGAGACGGGAAAGCCCGCGCUAUAUCCCCGGAUUUCGACCAACCCAGGACUCGCGCCUUCACAAGUUCUCAGGCACUCUAUGAUGCGACGUACCAAGAUGAUAUUUCUAUCGCCGAUCGUAUUUUUGAUCUCAAUAUACUGCGCCUUCAUGUUCGGUUUGCUCUAUCUCCUCUUCACAACAUUUCCAAGUGUUUUUGAGGAGACUUACGGCUGGGGCCCAGGAAUAUCUGGACUUGCAUACCUUGGACUUGGUAUAGGCAUGAUAUUUAGCAUACCUCUAUUCGGUCUGCUUAGCGACAAUUUAUUGAAACAGCCACGUGGAGGCACAGUUUCCCGCCCUGAGCUUCGCCUAAUUUUGAUGAUGUGGUGUUCACCAUUAGUCCCUGUUGGCUUUAUCUGGUAUGGCUGGAGCGCUAGAUUUCAAACACAUUGGAUCAUUCCUAUCCUUGGAACUGGCUGUAUUGGAAUUAGUGCAUUUUUGAUUAUGAUGCCGGCACAACUAUAUCUCGUGGAUUCAUUCGGGACUGAAGCGAGUGCUUCAGCUCUAGCUGCUAAUACUGUUUUGCGAAGUCUAUUUGCUGCAUUUCUUCCUCUGGCAGGAUCCUCCAUGUACGAUCGGUUGGGUCUGGGGUGGGGGAACACAUUGCUUGGAUUCAUUGCUCUUGCCUUUGUCCCAGUUCCCUGGUUGUUCUUCAAAUAUGGCGAAUAUUUGAGAGCUCGCUUUCCAGUGAACUACUAA